AUGAGUAUGUCCAUCUCUGUAUUAACUUUGAUUUCCUUUCUUGUUUUUGAAACAUAUGCUUAUCGAGGUGAUUUCAUGACGAGUGUUAGAGAUGGGUACAGUCGCUUUGAUCCAGACUCUACUCUCAAUGGAUUCUUUCCGUUUUGGGGUUGUAUUCUUCUUAUCUUUUCAUUUGUCUUCCUCUUGGUAGCUGGCAUAGGUCUUGUUGGAUAUCUGAUCGGAUGUCGAUCACCACCGGAUAAUCUUCGUCAGCAACUUGAUCCAGCCACAUUCUAUGCUUAA